AGUCACGGUGAUGUAUGUAUUUUUUACUCGGUCGUCGUCGUGUUUAUUGGAAAAUCAAAAAACAACAAAACUAAACUGAAUUUCCACCGUUAACAUUAACACUGUACAACUUAUAAUGUUUUAAUAUAAUAUAUUCAUAAAAAAUACUUAAACAGGUAAAAAAUAAUCCAAGCUCGUCGAAAUAAAGCAACGACGGGCGAGUGCGGUGAAUACAAAUCGAAACCGCCACAAAAACAAACAUAUCUUUAAUAACCGUACGAAAACGACAUCAUCGACAGUGGCACCGUCGACGGCGACAUCGACACGAUAGUGCGUUGAUCCGUCGACCGAGACUCACCAUCACUACCAUCAUCAUAGUCCGCAUCAAUUUUAUCACCGUUGUGGUAUAGAGCCAUCGAUAUCGACCGAUCCGAACGCCAGCAUCAUGACCUGUUGCCCUCCGGAUGGAGAAGAAACGUUUCUAAUGCCGCUGAAGAAGAGGAAACAUCUGCCGUGUCCGGGCGAUGGUCAGUCGCCGCGUGGAAAACUGUGCGAAACGGGCCCGGACAAGUGCGGCGCGCCCAAGCCUCGCAGACGUAGCGCAUGCGCAGAAGAAGCCUACGAGCAGGUGACCGGCCCCGAACCAAGCUUCGAGGACUCUGUAGAGUGGCAGUCAACCAAGUGUGCGGCGGCGGGCCUGUUCCGGGCGCUGGGCCAGCAUUAUGACCAAACUUGGUUCCCUACCGUGAUCAACGAGUGGUCAGCGCUGUACUACCAGUGCAACCAUUCGGCCGAUUACUGGAGUGCCCGGGACGAGUGGCUGGCCGGUGACGAGGAGGUCCGGCUGGCCGUGUGGUCCGAGGUGCUCAGGCAUCGGGAACAGCACGAAAGGCAGCUAGAACAACUGAACCGGAACGUGUUGUGUGACACCGGCAAGUGCAACCCAAACGCUGACCUGAUGGACGUGCACGACGGAUGCAACGCUGAGGUAACGGAAUACCACGGAUGCCCGAACAUGGCCAGUGAUCGUUUUGACCUGCCACACAAGAAUGUAGAACAGUUCUGCGAGAAAGAUUUGCCAUCCGAUGACGAGAGAGCGCGGGCGGAAGCCGAGGCGGCUGAAAUAGCACUCGCAGAUCCGGAUGACGACCCUGACUGGGUGCAGAUGCGACGCAAGAUGCGUGGUUCUUUUGCGGCACUGAAUAUGGCUCAAUGCGAAGUCAGUGCCGAGUUACUGGACCACAUCAUGAUCGAGCUGUGCAAGUACUGGGCCAACGCGCCUGUUUCUGAAAACUCCUGUCCCAUCGAUCCGCAACUGGAGUGUAACAUCAUGCGAGAGAUACAAAACUUCCGCUUCAAACUAUUCGGUGUGGCCGUUGAGGUCGAACCGGAAUUACAGCAGUCAGGUCCAGAUGAAUAUCAAGAGCCGGAACCUAGCAGAAAGCCGAAAUCUUGCCGGAAGCAGGAACUGCGUCGGGAGCCAGAACCUUGUCGGACGCCAGAACCUUGUCGAAGGCCUGAACCUCGCAAGGAGCCAGAACAGUGUCCCCCAAAGGAACCGGACCCUUCUAGCCCAAAGAAACCGGACCCUUGUUGUCCACAGGAACCGGACCCUUGUUGCCCAAAGAAACCGGACCUUUGUUGCCCUGAGGAACCAGACCCUUGUUGCCCAAAGAAACCAGACCUUUGUUGCCCAGAAGAACCGGACUCUUGUUGCCCACAAGAACAGGAACCUUAUGGCCCACCGGAGCCGGAACCUUGCCAGAAGCCGGAACCAAGUUGCCCACGUAAACCAGAACUGUUCUGUCCACUAGGGCCGGAUGCGUACUGUUCACAGGAUCCAGUACCGUGCUGCCCACAACCUAAACCUAAACCUAAGUGCUGCGCUCCCAGAAGGUCCAGCAAAACCAAAAUGGCCGAAGCCCGAGCUCGGCAUAACACCACACAAGUUCGGGAUCGUGACAUCACGACCGGAUGGUUAGGAGGUCGACCUAAUCCAUAAACGAAUACGUGUUUUGUUGAAACCUAUGUAUAAUAUAUUAUGUACACAGAUAUACUAUAUAAUAUUAUUAUAAAUAAUCUUUAUCAGGU